UUUAUUAUUUUCGUUUCGUUUCUUGCGUUUUGUUUACGUUUUCGUGCGCGCAAUGUCAAAUCCCCAAGAGGAGCUGCUGCCGCCCAGUGCCGAGGACGAUGAGCUAACACUGCCACGCGCCAGCAUCAACAAAAUAAUCAAAGAACUGGUGCCCACGGUGCGCGUUGCGAACGAAAGUCGGGAACUGAUCCUCAACUGCUGCUCCGAAUUCAUCCACCUGAUCAGCUCCGAGGCGAACGAGGUAUGCAAUGAGCGCAGCAAGAAGACAAUCAAUGCUGAGCAUGUGCUCGAGGCACUCGAUCGCCUCGACUUCCACGACUACAAACAGGAAGCGGAGGCGGUGCUCAACGAUUGCAAAGAGGUCGCUGCGAAACGACGACGCCAAAGUACACGCCUGGAGAAUUUGGGCAUUCCCGAGGAGGAGCUGCUGCGCCAGCAACAGGAGCUUUUUGCCCGCGCACGUGAAGAGCAAGCACGCGAGGAGCAACAACAAUGGAUGAGCAUGCAGGCAGCAGCCGUCCAACAGAGUAAUGCCCUAAUCCAACAGCGACCCCAAAAUCAACAACAUCAGCAGCAGCUGAAGCCAGAGGGCAGCUCUGUGAGCAAACCCAGUGAGGAUGACGAUGAUGAUGACGACGAUGACUACUGAUCGAUAUAUAGUUCAACGGGCUCAAUUUUCAUUUGGGCGUAAUGUAAUUUUGUAGUAAUUCUAAUUAAACUAUUGUCAUAAGUAAAAAAAAAAAACCCUCAGCUGA